AUGGUUCUCCCUCGCAAGGCUAUUAUAAGUAUCACCUCGGCCCAGGCCACCCUCUUCAACGGCAAGGAGACCACCGGCCUUUUCAUCAGCGAAGCUCUGCAUCCAUUCAACGUCUUCACCGCCGCCGGCUUCGAGGUUGAUCUCGUUUCUGAGACCGGAACCUACAUUGCGGACUGGCUCUCUCAACAACCCGAUUUCCUUAAUGGCGACGACCUCAAGACCUGGAACGACCAAACCAGCGCAUUCCGGCAGAAGCUGGAUAACAUGCCCAAGGCAGCUAAUGUCGACGGCUCACAAUACGGAAUUUUCUUUGCUUCUGCGGGCCAUGCUGCAUUGAUUGAUUAUCCCAAGGCGAGAAACUUGCAGAAAAUCGCCGAGGAAGUUUGGGCAAAUGGUGGCGUCGUUAGCUCCGUCUGUCAUGGACCUGCGAUUUUCGCUAAUAUCGUUGAUCGAUCGACCGGUGAACCCAUAAUCAAGGGCAAGAAGAUCACUGGCUUUACCACUGAGGCCGAAUACACCAUGAACAUCAUGGAUGACCUCCGAAGCUGGAAAUCCGAGAUGGUUGAGGAGCUCGCUACGCGCCUGGGUGCCAAGUAUGAGCGCUCAACUGGCAUUUGGGAUGACUUCCACACUGUCGACGGCCGCCUCGUCACCGGCCAAAACCCUGCUAGCGCAAGAUCGACUGCUCAGGCUGCUGUUGAGGUCUUUGAGAAGCUAUAA